CUCCAUCCAUCAGUCAGUCACUCGCAGACACGCACGCGGGACGGUCGCGCGCUUGCUCUACGCGACACAACUUCACGCGGACAACUAGGUCACAGCUUUCGUAGUGCGAUACACGAGGAAACUUACACCCCCAGUGUUGUGAAUGAUCGCAGUGGCAGUGAAUUGAAUUUAUUCGUGGUGAAUAACAAGCUUGCGGCCCUUUUGAAGUGUGCGGGAUGCGUGCGUGAGCGCAGCGCAUGACGUGCUACGAAACGUUGAGAGCUCCGGCACCCGCCGCUGACGCCCCCAUGGCGCACCACUUCGUCAAGUGGUGGCGCAACAAGUUUAGAAAUGGAUACAAGAAGUUUAGCAUUGGUACGGAAAGCGAGCGUACGGAUACGGAGGAAUUAGUGGGCAGGGCUGCGUCGCAGUGUUCUGCGCCACCCGACCUGCUGCCGAGCGAGGCUCGUGCGCUGCUGCAGCCCACCACCCCUCCACCCCGCGCCCCGCCGGUCAAGACUCAUGAGCCCACCUACAAGUCUCCACCCUCCCCCGCGCCCGCCGACAACCAUGACGACAAACCCAGACUCCGCUUUGAGGAAUUGACGUGCGAUGUAGAGCUGCAACAUCCAGAACCAUCCAAACAACAACCGCUGCAGUUCUCCUUCACUCUUUAUGACCUCGACGGACACGGAAGGAUGACAAAAGAUGACAUAGCCGGAAUUGUGUCGACGAUAUACGAGUCUAUAGGCAAGUCGGUAACUGUGCCGCACUACGGCUCGAAAACCAUACAAGUGCGACUAACGGUCGUGCCGGAAGACGGGAGCUCGCGGAGUCAACGCGAGCGACGCGACGCCAGGCGGCGCCGGCGGAAAGAACCGGCACAGACGGCACCGACUCCACCAGAGUGUGAGCAUACCGAUGAGGACCAGAGAGAGAGACUGUCCCACGACGACGACGUCUCCUCAAAGUCCUCGUGCUCAGGUGACCGCAGACUGCCCCAGCGACCCGCUCCCACCCAUCACCGAUCACAUCGACACACGCGGAAAGAACACCGCGAACGCAGACACACUAAGAAGCGAUCUGGAAGUUUACAAAGACGUGAACUACUCGAAAUCAUUCAGGCCAACAUGGAAAAGAACCAUCUGAGCUUUCAAGCUUCGAGAAAGCCCCCUGAACCUGUAGCCAAUGAAGAAGAGAUAACGAGUAAAUAUCAAAAGCUUCGCAACAGAUCGUACACGGUCAGCGAGAAGCCCUUGAAUGCAUUCCAAAAACUAAAAUCUGAAAAUCCGGGCAAUGGAUAUCUGGAUUUAGCGAGUGGCGGCGAUUCAAAUUUGUGUAGAUAUGAUCGCUAUUUACACGCGGUGAUUUGUUCGUCAGCUCGACACGCGCACACAGGGUACCACCAGAAGCAGGCGCAGACGCCGCGGCCCGCCCGCGCUGCCCACGCGCCUCACCCCAGGUCUCGCUCUCACGACCUCCCCACGCAAGCCCAGCAACCCCGAGUAUUGCAAAUAAUAUUCUUAUAGAACUCAAGAAAGGACAUCGUCGGCAACGGCUAUGUCCUUUUCACGUGUUGAAAGCAUUGUGGAGUGAUGAGUGAAAUGUGAGUUACCAAGCGAAGAAAAUUGGCGGACAUUCAAUAGUUGUAAUAUUAACCUAGUAAUAGCUAUGUAGUCAUUAAUCAGUAUUUAUUCAAAACGGGGUAUUUAUGACAAAAAAAUAUAACCGUUUCUGGCUCAAGACGUAACAUUUUCUAACACUUUGUCUUAGUAUGUAUAUCAAGAUAUAACAGGGUGACUGAUAAGCUUGGUACUCGGAAUUGAUUUGUGUGGAGGGUGAAUCUUUUCUCUAUUUGUAAGGGUACAGGUUUAAAAUUGUCAACACCAGAAAGACGAAGAAAAGCCUGUGAUUAUUUGUAAACUGUAUGUUGGUAGACUUAUAUUCGUUAUCUAACAUAUUGAAUGUCAAGUGCCUUGAAUUAGAUUUUGGUACGAGUUAAAAUCUCCAGAUGUGUGCUUUGGUUAUAUUCCCGGUUUAUAACGUAAUGUAUACGGCUAGUGUAGCUGUUUCUAGAUUAUUAUACUUAUAUUGUAAAACUCAUUAUAGAGUUUAGACUGAUUUUAGUUUUAAGUGUUAGGUGCUCAGAAGACGAAAGUUUAUAACAUGUUAGUGACUGUUUGUUAGUACUUAAUUAUGGUUGCUGUCUUCACUAUUAGCCUACUUUACCAGACCUACAGGCAACCAUAAACUUCGUUCUCAAGCUCUGACGAAAUCUGACUCAAUCUAAUACUUUCGGUCUAAGCUUUCGGUACAUUACCAAUAUCAGUAUUCAUUAUUCUAAGAAAAUUAAAUGAACGAAUCUCUUGAAAUGUUAUUAUCUACCUCUUAUUUUACUUGUUUAGUGUUAGUAUUUAUUGUAAUGUAACAGCUGAAUCCUAAAGUAAUUAUAAAUACUUCUUUUGUGAUAAUUUGGUAAAUGAAGUAUGUACUAUUUCACUCAAAGAUAUGUUCAUUAGUAAGGUGUACAGUGUACAAAGUGCUCGAUCUUGUCAAAAAUAUUUAUUGCAAAAUAUAAUAAUGGGAUUAAAAUAUAAAA